CCCUUAUGUCAAGCACUAGCUAUCUAGUUGUAAAGCAGGCAGACGCGUGGUACCCCUUUAACUCCACCGCUGACCUCGCUGAUCCUCCCGCGUAAACCUCAACAUCCAAGAUGAUGCUCGCUGCUAAGCCCUCGAUUAACCUGUGCAAGGCAACCAGCCGCCGUGGCGCUGUUGCUGUGCCCCGCCCGGCUUUCCGGGCUGUCGGUCGUUGCCAGAGGCUGGUGGUGCGCGCCGAGAACACUACCACCGAGCAGCCUAGCUUUGACUCGGAGAAGGUGCUGAAGGACCUGCAGGAGAAGUGGGAUGCCGUUGAGAACAAGGGUGCCGUUGCCGCGUACGCCGCGGGCGCCGUGGUGGCCCUCUGGCUCAGCAGCACUGUUGUUAACGCCAUCAAUGCUGUGCCGCUGCUGCCCAAGCUGAUGGAGCUCGUGGGUCUGGGAUACUCUGCCUGGUUCACUUACCGGUACCUGCUCUUCAAGUCGAGCCGCGAGGAGCUCCUGAAGGACGUCAGCGAGCUCAGCAAGAAGAUCACCGGCUCCGAGUAAAUAAUUUUGGCUUGGGAGCUUCUAAGCUUGGCUUGGUGUGUAUAGGUGAAGCCCCGCAGCAGCAACGGCGCGGCGGGGAAAACGCAGCAAGCGCAGAACCGGAUGUUGUGUUCUACUUCAACAGCAGCACAAACGUCACCAGCAGCAGAUUGCGCAGGAGAGGAUGGACAUCGGAGAGAGAGUGUGUUGGCAAUCCCGGCGCAGCAACUGUACCCCAAUUGGAACGGCUGCAGCAUAAUUUGAUUUGAGAGCGUUGGCGUGAUUAUAUUUUUUCCAUGGAUUGACGGAUAGCAUGGCAUUUGAAGCAUAAGAGGUGAUGCCGGCAUUUGGCGAAGGGUGACACGUUUUAAACGCCUUCUUUGUUGACCUUUGCGCGGGACAGAACAUUCACCCCGGAAUAUAAGGGUGCCGUAUUUCAAGCGGGUUUUGAACUCUCCCUUAGAAUCCUCUACCCUGCUUCUACGAUUGUUUAUCUUGGUGGCGUUCGAAGGAAUGUAACCAUGUACUGGGAA